AUUGUCAGUAGUGCUGUGCCGAUAGUGUGGAAUGCAAAUCCUUUUUCCAAGAUUAUCACUGUGGAAGGAGUUUUCUUUCAAUUUUCUUUUCCUGCAUUUAACGUGAUUUCAAGUUAUUCAUUAUGGCGAAAGAACUUAUUUCUUUCGUUGAGACUACUGUAAAUUCAGAAUCAUCUUUUUUAAAUCACAUUAGUCAAGAAAUUUGGAAAAAUCCCGAGUUGAAAUUUGAAGAAACUUUUGCUCAUGAUUUGUUAGUCAAAGUGCUAAAAGAAAAAAGAUUUACGGUUCAGGAACAUUAUGUAAUGCCCACAGCGUUCCGAGCAGAGUUUCAAUCCAAAGUGCCAGGACCUACAGUUGUGGUAAUAUGUGAGUAUGAUGCUCUUCCAAGGAUUGGCCAUGCUUGUGGCCAUAACUUAAUUGCAGAAUCUGGUUUAGGAGCAGGGCUUGCUAUAAAAACUGCAAUGGAGAAAAAUCCUAACAUCCCAGGAAAGGUUGUUGUUUUGGGAACUCCUGCUGAAGAAGGAGGUGCUGGUAAAAUAACAUUGCUUAGUGCUGGUGCCUUUGAAGGUGUCGAUGCAGCACUAAUGGUUCAUCCUGGUCCACUGGAUCAUUUAUAUACUCCAUUUAUAGGAGUUUCAAGAGCAACUGUACAGUUUAAUGGUAAGGAAGCUCAUGCUUCAGGUUACCCCUGGGAUGGCGUAAAUGCACUGGAUGCUGCAGUUGCCUGUUACACAAACUAUUCUCACUUACGUCAACACAUCAAGCCUGAUUGCAGAAUUCAUGCCAUUAUUACCAAGGGUGGUGAUGCUCCUAAUGUGAUUCCUGGACAUACUGAAUUGAAAGUACAUUGUAGAUCUGCAACUACAAAAGACUUGGAAAAUUUAAAUAAAAAAGUUGCUGCUUGUGCUGAAAGUGCUGCAAUUGCUACUGGAUGUACUUACAAAAUUAUUCCUGAUAAAGAGCCAGCUUAUGAAAGCUUAAUGACAAAUUCGGUUCUUGCUGAAAGAUAUAAAAAAUAUGCUGAACACUUUGGAGUCAAGUUCUGUGAUUCAAAUCCCAAAGCAAUCCCAUUCAUGGCAUCAUCAGACAUGGGCAAUGUCUCGCAUGUUGUUCCAAGUAUUCAUCCUACUUACUCUAUCGGCACAACAGCUGUCAAUCACUCAGUAGGCUUCACGGAAGCAUCAGGAGCCCCUGAAGCUCAGCCUGCUACGCUCAUCACAGCCAAAGCUAUGGCAUUACUUGCUCUAGAUGUUUUGCUGGAUAAAGAAUUUCUAAGCGAAGCUAAAAGACGAUUUCAGAAAGACCUCAAGGAAGACAAAGGGGAGGAAUAGGCAUUGAAAAGAAAGGUUUGCUGUAAAAUUAGUCAUAUUUUAUACUAGUGAAAGGUCGUUUGGUUCGCCUGUAUAUUAAUGGGUGAUGAAUUUCUCGCCAAUUUACUAUGUUAAUUUGUCCACCCAUGUUAUGAUAAUUUACUCGUCCAUGUUAUGACAAUUUAGUAUUCCAUGUUAUGAUGAUUCGCUUGGUAAAAUGCUCUUGAAAUUGGAAUAGAAAAGAACAAAAUUGAAUUUUCGAAAAAUCACUUCGAGGUGCUCACUGCUAUGCUACAAAUUUUGUGCCAAAUUUAAUGAAAAUCAGCCGAACAGUCUAGGCGCUAUGCGCGUAGCAGAGAUCCAGAAACACAGAC